AUGAAGACCGCCAGCCGCGCCCAGCCCCGCAGCAGUCCUCCGCUGGUCCAGAUGAGGCGCUACACACCCGGAGUGUAUCCCUUCCUGUUCCCCUCGAUCAUCAGCUCCCUGCCACAGCUCCCGCCGCCGUCUCCGCAGAGGCUGCAGAUCCAGCAGCCGUCCAGCAGCGGCAGCACUCCCUCGCCUGUUGCCAUUGAAACACAGAGCACCAGUUCUGAGGAGCUCGUCCCCAGCCCGCCGUCCCCGCCGCCCCCUCCGAGAGUCUACAAGCCCUGCUUCGUCUGCCAGGACAAGUCCUCCGGAUACCACUAUGGCGUCAGUGCUUGUGAAGGCUGCAAGGGUUUUUUCCGCAGAAGCAUCCAGAAGAACAUGGUGUACACGUGUCAUCGGGACAAGAACUGCAUUAUCAACAAGGUGACGAGGAACCGCUGUCAGUACUGCCGCCUGCAGAAGUGCUUCGGAGUGGGAAUGUCCAAAGAGUCUGUUCGGAAUGACCGGAAUAAGAAGAAGAAGGAGAGCCCAAAGCUGGAGCUGGCAGAGAGCUACGAGCUGACAGCCGAGCUGGAGACUAUCAUUGAAAAGAUUCGUAAGGCCCAUCAAGAAACCUUCCCCUCCCUCUGCCAGCUUGGCAAAUACACCACGAACUCGAGUGCAGACCACCGCGUGAGGCUGGACCUGGGCCUGUGGGACAAGUUCAGUGAGCUGGCCACUAAGUGCAUUAUCAAGAUCGUGGAAUUUGCCAAACGAGUGCCUGGCUUCACGGCGCUGACCAUCGCGGACCAGAUCACGCUCCUGAAAGCUGCCUGCCUGGACAUUCUGAUCCUGCGCAUCUGUACGAGAUACACCCCAGACCAGGACACCAUGACCUUCUCCGACGGGCUCACCCUCAACCGAACGCAGAUGCACAACGCUGGCUUCGGCCCGCUCACCGACUUGGUGUUCACGUUUGCCAACCAGCUGCUGCCCAUAGAGAUGGACGACACAGAGACAGGCCUCCUCAGCGCCAUCUGUCUCAUCUCUGGAGACCGUCAGGACCUGGAGGAGCCCUCGAAGGUGGACCAGCUCCAGGAGCCCCUCCUGGAGGCUCUGAAGAUCUACGUGAGGAAGCGUCGGCCCAGCAAACCCCACAUGUUCCCCAAAACCCUGAUGAAGAUCACAGACCUGCGCAGCAUCAGCGCUAAAGGAGCAGAGCGGGUCAUUUCUUUAAAGAUGGAGAUCCCUGGUUCCAUGCCCCCACUCAUCCAGGAGAUGCUGGAAAACUCUGAGGGGCAAGACGGUCAGAGCAGCAGCAGCAGUGGUAGCAGCAGCAGCGGCAGUGGUAGCCGCAGCGGUAGUAGCAGCAGCAGCAGCAGCAGCAGCAGCAGCAGCAGCAGCAGCAGCAGCUCAGCGGAGGCGGCGGCCAGUCCCGGCAGUAAGGACAGCAGCGCCGAGGACGUCCCUGCUGCUGAGUCACCAGAGUCGCCCGAUGACACAGAGGGGGCUACAGCCACACCUCCCAGCGAUGAGCCCUAGGAGGUACCCACGGGUGACUCCAAAACUCUCUCUGAUAUUCCUUUGCACAAAAAAAAAAAAAGGAACAGCCGGGCAAGGCUCCGAACCUCCUAUAAUCCCCUUGACCUUUCUCCUUUGCUUGGUAUUACGUUAUCUUUAUAUCCUAUUUUUCUCCCCAAAUAUUUCCUCCUUGAAAAGAAAAUGUUGACACGGAGGCGUCAGAGGAUCAGUGCUUUGUGUAUAAUUCUGAAUUAAUCUCUUAUUUGGUGUGGCGUCUCUGGGACCGGGACAGUGACAGGAGGGCAUGGCCCCCCCGAAAUCCGCCAGAGUUGAUACUCCUCAGGUCUCCUGUGUAAAUUCUUAACUGCAUGACGGGAGUGAUAAGUGGUUUUACUCCUCUCUCUCUCUCUCUAUCUCUCUCUCUCUCUCUCUCUCUGUCCUCAUCUCUUCAUCUCUCGUAUUGUUGGCAUACGUACACUGUACAUACCAUUGUAUGGUUAGAUCUCUGUUUCUAUGAUGAAUUUUGUGGUGCUUUUUUCAUUGUCUUAAAUAUUCUCUUUGAGGCGAUACGUUAAGGUUUAAAGCGGGGCUAAUUGUAAGUCCCUCGAAAAGUUAUCUAGAAUGUUAUUGCAUAUAGACAUUAUGGAAGUCUAAUAUUUUAUAUUUGUUCCUAUAUUUAAAACUGUUUUUUGUCUUUUAUAACACUUCAUGUCUCUACAUGAGUGAGUGUACAUCCACACCGCCAGAAUGCAAAGCUUCUCUCCAUAUCGACAGCUGAGUCUGUUCAACUGUUUCCUCAAAGGAGGGAAGCACAACAGCAGAAGCCUUUGAUACACACCCAUCAGACCGACCGCGUCUGUUUAACUCGCAGUCUCGACAUGAACCGCCGAGACCCGUCGCACAAGAUUAGAUUUAGAAUAAGUCCGUCUAUGAGAUCAACUCAUUUAGUGUCUGUAUCCCCUCACUAAAUCAGUUUACCUCACUGUCUAAACAAAUCUGUUCAAUUAGGUUGCCGAAAUAUGCCUGAGAUAUUUCUGCAGCAGGCUGUGAUCACAGAGGACGUUUCUUUCUGUUACACUUUAACCGUGAUUCAACUCAUACUAUGACACACUUUAUAUCAUCAUCUGGGCGGAUUACGAGUCUGAAAAAGCGGAUGUUGGGCCACAAUUUGUUGACCCACAAGCUAAGACAUCUUGAGUAUUAGGCGUCCACAUGUGCAUUGUGGAAUAAGUCUGGCUUCUCAACGGUCUACUUAUUUAUGAACCCCAUUUCCACCAAAAUGAUUGAGUUAUUCUUUUUUUUACUUUGUGCUAAAGUAAAAAGUCUGCAGGGCGGCAAGACAUCAUGUAAAAAAAAAAAG